AUCAACCCGGGUAGCAGCUGCGGCGGUCAAUGUCACCAUCCGUCUGGCAAGAUGAUCUUGCGAGGGAUUCGGUGGAGCUUUCCCCAUCAAAUACAUUAAGGUAACCGCUGUUUGUGUAUCCACCAAGAUCGUAAUCUAGUUUGUGUUUUUAAUAGAAGCAGGGUGGAUCACGGGGAAGGACCACUGCAACUCUAUCGGGGAAAUUACUUGGACGUCAGUGAAGCAACUGCAACCACUAACAUAUUGCUGGUGUUGGACGGAAUCCUCGUACCUCCAAAAUCAUUGCUUUUCAGCUUCUUCCUUCGCCCACUCAUUGGAGGCUACGUCUGACCAUCUACCACAGACUCAUCUUGAGAUUCAACAAGCAUGACAUUUGGAUAAAGACACUGACAUGAAUCAGCUGCUAAUGGCUCAUAUAGCUGAAGGGGACCCGUUGGCAGGAUGACUGCCGUCUGCCCCUCAGAGAGCAGCCCGGAGGGUGUCGAAGCAGGGGCCGGUGCCGCGGGAGUCGCAGGGUGCAGCGCCGUUUCCGGGAUCGACACCGGGGAGUCCAUUGAAGACCCUGCGGGAAGUUCUGUUGGAGACCCAGCAGUCGUGCACCACGGCCAGAAAUACACACGCUGCAGCACCCAGGACAGCUCCGACAUCAACACAGAUGAUGAAUGCGCCAAUGUCCGCCGGCUCACCCCGCUGGAGAGACUCAACCUAGAUAUGUGCCAAGAUGAGAGGGUGGUUCGUGAACUAACAGUGGGCAGGAGAAUCAGCUUCUACAAAAUUCGGGGCGAGAUUGGCUGUGGAAAUUUUUCUCAUGUCAAGCUGGGAAUUCAUGCACUCACUAAAGACAAAGUGGCCAUCAAGAUCCUUGACAAAACCAAGCUGGAUCAAAAGACCCAGCGUCUGCUGUCCAGAGAAAUCUCCAGCAUGGAGAAAUUACAUCACCCUAACAUCAUACGCCUCUAUGAGGUGGUGGAGACAUUGUCACGGUUACACCUAGUGUUGGAGUACGCCGGUGGUGGCGAGCUCUACAGCAAAAUCACCACAGAGGGCAAACUUUCAGACGCCGACAGCAAAAUUGUUUUUGCUCAGAUCCUGUCUGCUGUUAAACACAUGCAUGAAAACAAUAUAAUUCACCGCGACCUGAAGGCAGAAAACGUCUUCUACACCAGCAGUUCUUGCGUCAAGGUGGGCGACUUUGGCUUCAGCACCAUGAGCCAUCGCGACGAAACGCUCAACACGUUUUGCGGCUCUCCGCCUUACGCUGCCCCAGAGCUCUUCCGGGAUGAAAACUACGUGGGCGUCUUUGUGGACAUUUGGGCCCUUGGAGUGAUGCUGUUCUUCAUGGUGACGGGGACCAUGCCUUUCAGGGCGGAUACGGUGGCUAAACUGAAGAGGUGCAUCCUAGAAGGCGCCUUCACGUUGCCCUCCUGGCUGCCGGACACAUGUCAGAAGCUGAUCCGGGCGAUCCUCCAACCCUUGCCGGCAGACCGCUGCUCUGUAGAUCAAGUGAUGAGCAGUGACUGGAUGCGUCAUGUUGACUUCCCACGGCCCUUGGAGCCUUUCAAGCUGGAGCCAUCUUACCUUGUGGAGAGUGAUCCAUCUGAACUGGCGGUGGAGGAGAUGGAAGUAGUCACAGCUCUAGGCACACUUGGCAUCACUUCAGAACACAUUCUGAACAACCAGGGAAAGGACUGCAGGAGUUCCAUCACAGGGGUAUACAGAAUCCUGCUUCAUGGCGCUCACAAGAGACGCGCUCUCGAGAGUAUACAAACAGCCACGCAGGCGGCUGGUCCAAAACCAACUAAAACUAAAAAGGAGCGUCUAAAAGUGUACCGCAGUUUACGGCACACUUCCAAACUCUGUGUGAUUCUGUGACAUAAUGCUAGAUUGAAUUUUAUAAACAGUACUGUACACAUUAGGCAAAACUGAAUUUUGGUUUGAAAAAAGUGACUUUAAUGUCCAGCAUUAGGCCAUCACGGUAAUUGGAAAAUGAAAUCCGGCAUUUAUUUUCAUAUUAUUCAUUUAGUAAGUGAAAUUAGUCUCUGUGAGAAUGUUGUUGAUUGACUUAUAUUUUGACACAGACUUGAGGUAAUCCACAAUAUUUGGAAAAGUGAUUUCCUAAACGAUCUGUGGUUAUUUUGGAUGGGUGAAUGUAGCUUACACUUGACUUUUGGCAUGAUGUAGCACAAAACAUUCCAUUAUAAUAAUCAAAUCACUGUAGAGUGCACAAAGUCUUGCAUGCACGUACAUGUGUUGUCUUCAGGAUAAGCUUUGCAUUUGCAAUGUAUUUAGGCUUUAUUGCCUUCUUGCCUGAUGUAUCUCUAUGAGAUGUUCUGCAGGUUAUUGGCCUGCUUAGAAAAGCCAAUA